UAUUUAAAUAUUUUAAUUCAUUUAUUGUUCAUUUAUUUAAACACUAAAAGCCCCCACUUUGCUCUAAACAUUCCAACUGGUUAAAGAUCUCACAACAUCUAGAUGAUGCAGUAGCGCCCCUGGUGUUAGAUGUUUAUCAAAUGCCAGUAACGGCGACUGCAUGACGACUCCGGGGAGGGGUUACUCAAAUUAAAAUUGACCCAACACGUGAUUUCACGGAAGUAGAAGCCGAUCACCAUAAAGCAACAAGAUGGCAUCGCACCCCGGAGGAGGCGAUCAAGAAAAAUCCAAAGAGCUACUGGAUGUGGGCACCAAGUUGCUGAAGAACUUCAUCUGUGAACGGGUCAGGAGAAACCUGCAGGAUGACUCUGAAGUGGUCAGACAGCAGCUGGGUGCAGAGGAGCUGGUUGACCCAAACCACAAGAGACUUGCUCAAUGCCUCCAGCAGAUUGGAGAUGAGCUGGAUGGGAAUGUAGAGCUCAAAAGAUUGAUUGAUGACUCUUCGCUCAGUCCCUCCAAAGAAGUGUUUCUAAAAGUGGCCCUCGAGAUUUUUUCUGAUGGGGUAUACAACUGGGGCCGGGUGGUUACACUUUUCUACUUCGCCUGUCGGCUGGUCAUAAAGGCUCUCAUCACAAAAGUACCAGACAUCAUUAGAACUAUAUUCACCUGGACCAUAGAUUACCUUCGGGAUUAUGUGAUUGCCUGGAUAAGAGAGCAAGGCGGCUGGGAUGGCAUCUUUGGCACUCCUGGCUGGCAGACGUUGGCCGUCUUUGUUGCAGGCGUUCUCACCGCUGCGGUGGUCAUUCGCAAGAUGUGAGAGCAAAGCAGAGACAGACGAAGAAACAUGACGACUCGGAGAACGGGAACAAAGAAAGAAAGAAAGUCAGCAGACGUAUUUACGGUUCGAGCAAUCUGGACGGCAGGAAUUUGUACCUUCUGAGACCUGAUCUCUCUUUCUGCCUGCAUCUGAUGUGAAGCUGGACGUUGGACUGGAUGAGAUGACCCCCCUCAUAACCGCAGUGUCACAGAGGAAGCAAGCAUGGGAACAUGCGCACGGAAAGGAACGAAUGACACUUUGGAAGAGGGAAUGCAUUUUAAAAUAAUUUAUUUUAUACCUGGUGCGACGAGAGUCCCAGCAUUUUUGACUCUCUAAAAUGUUGAAUCCUCUGAAGAGAUUCCUCUCUGGUAUUUUGUUUAACUUCCAUUGCCGUCAGACUAUCACUUGUCUUAUUUAUCCUCUUCACUCCAUCCGUUUCCUCCUGACGCCUGCACGUUAAGAUGAACCUCAUUCACCUGUAUUUGUACUUUUUCAAGGAUCUGUAAUUAUCUGCUGGCACCAACCGAUUUGGGCGAGGUCCCUCAUAGAUAAAGAGACGUUUUUGUGAGUCACUAGUUGGUACUUUGAAGCAAAAUCAAGUGGGGAGAGAAAAAAAAAGUGACUACGACAAACGGCAGCUAAAAGCUGCCCCGGUGGUCCCCUCCGUCUUCCAUCUUUUUUCCUUCAGAAGUGCCAUGUCUGGGAGUUGUGUAAAGCUUUUGUUUACACUUAACAGGAGUCCGAUUAUCUUAUGUCACUUCAAUAACGAUUGGCUUUUUUUUUUUUUUGCUUUCUUUAGUGACCCCCAGGGGGGGAAAAUGGAAAUUUCCCACUUCUUGGUUUUGUGUUUGAACAUGUUUUUGAAGAUUUGCUGCAGACUCCAGGCAGAAACUUACCUCACUCUAUCACCGUUCAGAGUUCUGUAUUUUUACAGCCCUUUUUCAAAACUGCUCGUCAAAAGGCCUUUUUACAGUCUUCAUGUUUGUCAGUGCCUUGCUGUCAUCGUUUUUACAAUGAAUUCCCUUUGGUAUGAUCUGUUUUUUUUCCACCUUUUCUAUCACAUUUGUAAAACUACAAGCCGACUAUAAUAAAUUUUGAAACUCUU